AUGCCCAAGGCCUCUUGUACAUUACACAAACCCCAGACGACAGCGCUGCUAACGUUACCCCCCCUCACCUGGGAUCUUGCUUCAAUCACUGGUGAAUGCUGGAUUGCCAACGCAACUUUCGUGAACGGCACUGCUGCGGGAUCGUUGUUCAUUGAGCAGGACAACGCCAUCGGUGUUUUGCCAUUUACCCGAGUCGCAUAUGUCAACGGAACUGUUUCCGGAUUUGCUCUGUUUGCCUCGCAAUUGGUGUACAACAACAAUACUCAGCUUGAGGCUCAAUUCUGGGCGAAGUCAACCAAUACUUCCGGUGUCUAUGGACUUAUCUGGACCCCUGAUGGAGACACCCCCACUGGUGAUUUCCCUGUUGUGUUGAAAGCCUCGGAAGAUUCUUAG